AUGUCUACAUCUCCAGAUAUUACUGACUGGCUUCAUAUCUCGCCGAGGACAGAUAGUCCUACAACCUCUACUCAACCGACGUCCGAGCCUAGCACAUCCUCGCCAUUGUGCUUUCAGGAUCUUACUGCUUCGUCGAGAGUCAAUGUUCCUCAACCGAUGGAGUAUAACUUGAACUAUUUCUACGAUCUUUCCGACAUCGCCAACUCGACGCCGUCGUUGGCUCAAAGUGGUGGCUCUGCCGCUGGCGAAGAUUUCUCAAGGGAGGCAAUCUCAGAAGGCUUUAAUCGCCAUCAUCGGAUGGUGUCGUUGGAAUCAACGACUCGAACACUAAUUAACACGCCUUCACCGCUGCGAUCCUCUCAUACUCUCAUGUCCCCUUCGGACACUGCUGGACACCCUGCUGAAGAUCGGACUGUUUCGUCUUUCUCUCCGCCUUUGAUCACGUCUCCGGAAACGAAAUCUUUUCUGAACUAUUUCUGUGACCUGGUGCCUUCGACUCCGCCUUUGCUGCAGCCAAUCUCUAUCUCUGAUGUAUCGCCUAUCGUACGUGCGGAGAACCUGCAGCGAGUUGAUGAUGGAGUUGUAAAGAAAACAAAGAAGAAAAAGACGGUGAGACGCAUUAAGCACUUUAAGGAGCCUUCGUCCUUUGUGGAAAGACUCUGCGCAGCGCCUCAGCAGACGAGUUUUCCUGUGGUUUUUCCAAACCCCGGUCCUCCGGUUACUUGUCCUCCUUUGGCUCCUCCUCCUCUAAUGUCUCCAUAUCGCUUGCCUCAAAGGCAGGCGAACGUCGCCGACGACGCUGUUAUCUCCAUUGCGCAACCUCUGGAAAAUGCUGUACCCUCUGAGCGAUUAGAUGUUGGCUUUGCACUUGAUACUACUCAAAACGAACUAGAGACUAUCGAACCCCUCUCUCCUCUGACACCUCUUCCUAGCUCUCCGGAUUCGCCAAAGUUGCCACUCAAAAUUAUUAUUAGACCAAAAAGGAAAUUAAUUCCAAAUGCGACUCCCAUUAGACGCAGCAAAAGGCCCCGAAGGAACGUGGCAAUUGUGGAAUCUCCGCUGUCGGCGUACAGCACUCCGGCUUCCGCGCGCUCGUCGCCUGACUAUGGUCCCGGGGAACAAAAUCUUGUUUCUGUCCACUCUGUUCGGACGUUUCCUGAUCAUAUCAAGAUUUCGGAUAACUUUUCUCCACCUCGGUUCAUAUCAUCCGAGGUAUCCCAUCCUGGAGGCGUCUAUAAUCCUCCUCGAAGCCCUCUCGACCUUUACACUCCCCGUUUUGUUAAAGGUAAGGGUGUGGAGAAAGUGGGCCUUUGUCCUAUUUGCAUCGAGCCUCACGCUCGAGGUGGUGAGCACAAGAAAUUGUGGUUCGCCAUGAAAUUCUCAGCGUUCAAGUGCUAUCACAUGCAGUACGCUCAUGGAAUCUCCGCUUCCACUGGCAGGCCGUUUUCGCCACCUAUGGAUUUCCGAGUAGUUGCUCGUCAAAAUGCAGGGAAAAAGGAGAAGCUCCAUAUCCAGCAAGGAAAAUGCCACAAGUGCCUGAAAUGGGUCGCAGUUGAAGGUAUCAAGGAUAUGGAGAGCAAACUUGCGGUUCGUGAAGAGAUGCCGCCAUCACUACGACCGCUCCGCGUGCUGCUCUCUUCCGUGUUCUUUGUGUCUCUCUACCUUGUGGCGCUGGUCAAGGCUUCCGCGCUGACUACUGCGAUUGCGCCUAAUGAGAGGGUGUGCUUCUAUGCGGAUGUGGAUAAGGCUGGAGAAAAAAUUGGGGUUCAAUCUGGAGGCUCAUUCGACAUCGACUUUGACAUCAAAGACCCCAACCAAAAGGUCAUCCUAGACGGCGAACGCGAGCGACAGGGCGACUACGUGCUCACGGCCAACACCGUCGGCGAAUACGCGUUCUGCUUCGAAAACGACAUGUCGACGCUCACGGACAAGCUGGUCGACUUUGAUAUUAUGGUUGAGAGCGAGCCGCGCAGAGAGCCCCCGGCGAAGGCAGGCCAGAUUGCGGAGCAUACGAGCGCGCUGGAGGAGAGUGUGUUUAGGCUUAAUGGGCUGUUGAUGAAUAUUAAGAGGAUGCAGAAAUUCCACCAUACGCAGGAAAACCGUGGUUUCUCAAUAGUCAAGUCGACGCAAAACCGCCUUUUCUGGUACGCCGUGAUCGAGAGCAUAGCCGUCGUCGGGAUGGCCGCACUGCAAGUAUACAUCCUCCAGACAUUCUUCACCAAGACAGGCAGAAGAUACAAGGUGUAA